AGAAGACGCCAUCGGGGAGACAAGAGGAAGAAAAUGACAGGGCGCGCAAAAAGAAAACCCAAAUCCAGUCAGGUACAGAGUACUGACAAUGGAGAGGUGAAAAAGUCCCGUACGGAUGAAUCCAGUGAAGUGCCAUUGUCCAACGUAAAUUCAGAGCAGCGUGAUGAAGUAGUGCAGCUGUACAAGCUUCAAAUGCCAGAGGACCUGUACCAUUUCUGGGACUUCUGCAAGGAGCUUUGUCCUGACAGCCCAUGUGGUGCUCUGAAAGAUACACUGGGUUUGCAGCUGGUUGGUCCUUUUGAUAUUCUGUUUGGCGCUCAUAAAAACUGUAAGAACCCUCAGCCCAACUUCUACCUCCACUGGAGGUAUUUUUAUGACCCACCUGAGUUUCAAACAAUCCUUCAGGGGAGUGAAGACAGUCAGCACCACAUUGGAUAUUACAGAGAUAGUCCAGACUCCCUGCCUUCGUUUGUUGGUGAAAAUGAAGCAAAAAAAGGCUACACCAUAACACAGAUGGGGGAUAAUCUGUUUGCUGCUGUCCUUUUGUAUCUGUUGAAGAGAAGGAAAGAAAGAGGCAGCAAGAAAGCAGAUGGUGAAGACCUGGAAAGCUUGGAGGCACAGCUGAGAGACAGGGCAGAGAAGCUGGGCUAUUCUCUGGAGCAGAAGACUAAAAGCAUGAAGCAGAGAGACAAGAAGGUGGUUACCAAGACUUUUCACUCAGCUGGAAUUGUGGUACCAGUAGACAAAAAUGAUGUGGGCUACAGAGAAUUACCAGAAACAGACGCUGGUCUCAAAAAGAUUUGCAAAGCAAUCGCUGAAGCCAAGAAUGACGAACAGCGCAUGAAAGCCUUUGGACCUCUGCAGGAGAUGAUCACCUUUGUUCAGUUUGCCAACGAUGAGUGUGACUACGGCAUGGGUUAUGAGCUAGGGAUAGAUCUCUUCUGUUACGGAUCUCAUUAUUUCCACAAGGUUAUCAAGCAACUUCUGCCCAUGGCCUACAACUUGCUCAAGAGGAAUUUGUUUGGGGAAAUUCUCGAGGCCCACCUCUCCAACCGUAGCCAUGAUGACCUGGACCAGCUCUCUGCGUGAUAAAAAAGACUCACAAUUUCACUCAUUAAAAAUCAGUUCAAGCUUUUAAACUUUUCUCCACCAUUGUCCAUGUCUUAUGUUUUUUGUUAUUGUUCACGUUUCUUGGUGGUUUUGGUGCUGCUGUCAUUGAUUUAAGCCAGUUCAAUGAUAUCUUAUUUGUAAAAGGUAGAUGUCUAAUAAAGUAUUUUUA